AUAGGCGGCCUAGACCGUUGCCUAGGGCGCCAUCUGGUGAGGGGGCGCCAAAUGGCAGUCUCCCUCUCAGUCUUUCUUUCCUUUUUUUUAAAUUUUUUUUUAUUCACUUUCUUAAUGCACCAUUAUGUUUACUCUCAGUCUCUCAACCUAUAAAUAACUACAAAUUUUGUGAAACUUAAAAUAAAACUCGUUUUCACUAAUCAUGACUCACAACUCUCGCGAGUUGUGAGUCACGCAUGCAUCCUUUUCCAUCUGAUCUGCGGCGCCGCCGCCGGGGCGGCGCCCCGCGCUACUACAGCAUGCUGUUGAGUUUACAAGGUGAGUGAGUGGGGGAUGGGCAGCGCAUCCCAUCAGUUUAUUGAUGAGAUGGUCGUCGUCGUAGCGCUGUCAUUUUUGUAAACAUAAAACUUUUAUCAUGAAAAGGCUGUCCAAGCCUUCGGGUGCUGCUUUCAGAAAGCGAAGAAGAGAAGAGGAGGAGAAACGGGCUCAAAGUCGAGAUGCUCUGAGAAAAUAUCUACAGCCACGACAGGGGCCAACUGUAGAAGCUGCUGCAGAAGAGGCAGCAAGCUCGGUCUCACAGUUACCUUCUCCUGUGGCUGUUAGUGACAGUGACAGUGAACAUUCAUCUCAAGCAUUAAGCAGAAGCACAGCAGUGAUUGAGACACAACUUCAAAAUGUUGAUGCUGGAGCAGUCAGUGAAGCACCAAGCAGCAGCACUGUAAUUCUUCAGACACCACCUCAAACGGUUGAACCAGAAGGACCCAGCACCAGCAGUCUCAAUACAAUCCGCCAGCCUACAGGCGCUCCAUCAACAUCAACAGAUGUAUGUGAGCCCAUCUCAGCAGCCCCCAUUGAUCCCGCUGAUUGGCCACCCAACUUGUCUGAUUCAGAGAGGACUGAAUUGGUUAGUCGAGGACCACCUGUAAUAAGGUCAGACUUCUCGUUCCCCAAAAAACAGGAUGGAAGAAGUUGCCAUCACCGCCAUUUCUUCAGACUGUUGACCAAUGGGGAAAAAAUCAAAAGGUCAUGGCUCAUGUAUUCAAAAAAGAAAGAUAGUUUGUACUGUUUCUGCUGCAAGCUCUUCUCACAGAAGACUUUUAAACUUAGCAAGGAUGGCACUGAUGACUGGAAAAACUGUGGUGACAUACUUAAAACACAUGAAAACAGUAAAGAACACACAAAUAACAUGGGAAGCUGGAGAGAACUUGAAAGUCGUUCAAAAAAGGGUCAAACAAUUGACAAUAUUGAGAUGGCCAUAAUACAUGCUGAAAGGAGGAGAUGGCGGGAAGUUCUCACCAGACUUGUGGCAAUUAUUAAGUCACUGGCAGAGAGAAAUAUUGCACUCAGGGGUUCCACAGACCAACUUAAUCAGCCAAACAAUGGAAAUUUCCUUAAGGAAGUGGAGUUAAUGGCUCAGUUUGAUCCUGUGCUGAAAGAGCACAUUAUUAAGAUUGAAGGAGGAGCCAGUCACACAACCUACCUGGGGAAGACCAUUCAAAAUGAACUGAUUGACUGCCUUAGUGAAAGGAUUUUGCAUGCCAUUGUAAAGGAAAUCAAUGAGUCCAAAUAUUACGCAAUCAUUUUAGACUGCACACCUGAUGUGAGCCAUGUGGAGCAAUUAUCAGUUAUAAUUCGCAUUGUCUCUGUUGAAGGCACUCCACAGAUUAAAGAACAUUUUCUGGGGUUUCUAGAGGCAGAGGAAACAACAGGAGAAGGCCUCUCAGCCCUCUCAGUCAAAAAGUGGAUUUUGCAUGAUAUAGCUCCUAUUGUUAUGAUUAUGUUAACAAAUUAAAGCAGGUCUUUAGUGUAGACACCUCUGCUGAAUCUCUGCGCAGAGAUUUAUGGGAAAGUGUAUUGGAUUCGAAGGGGGGGGGGGGCGCCGUAUUACUAUUUUGCCUAGGGUGCCUGUGAACCUAGGGCCGGC